AUGUCGCUUGUGGUUUUGCUCCUCGCUUUAAUUUCCUGCGUCACCAGUCCACCGCCGGCAGGGACUUUUCAGACCAAAUGCCUCGAACGCCACUUUUGGCUCUCUGUCAAGUCCAGCUUCCUCAGCUCAGUGAUCCGUUUUGACUUUGAAGACCAAUAUGGAUACCACAUCCUGUCCGAUCAGGAGGCUGCACUCUGUGGUUACACCGUCCUGAUCAAUGACGCUGGAGAGCUGGUGUUUCGUGCCUCCUUCCUGGCCUGUCACGUCCACACCCAGACUGGCACAGACUAUCACCUGCGUGUCUGGUUUGUGAACCUGCAGGCGGACGGGAAGGUGUCACUGUACCCCUUCCAGCUCUAUUGCUCUUUUCAGGGGCGUUGGAGCACCAGAGAGAUCGUCUGUGAAGAAAACUACAUGGAGGUGUCCAUCCAGCUAUCCAGCCCAACACCGAAAUCCACAAAAGAAAAGAGGGGAGCUUAUGAGGCAGACAUGGCUGUGAUGUUCCACAGACCUGACCAGCCGCCAGAAGAAGCCACGGUGUUGUCCCUGACCGAGGCUGCUGCUCUGCGCUACCACAUCUCAAUGAGUGGCUCACAUCUCACCCUGCGCUGUCCCUAUGCCUCCCCUCUCUCAUACUUCAUGAAGGAGCGUGGAGUGGAUUUAGAGAUUGUCAGUGCAACUAUCCUGUACCGGCUCCAGAGCAACUUCCUAGCUGUUGACACCACUGUUGCCUGUGCCCUUAAUGAGGCCACAACAGAUGGGUCUGACCUGCUGUGGAACGUCCCCUUUAUUCUUUCUCCUCUAGUUCACGGGCAGUUCAGGGACAGAGGCAUUAGGGUCGGAGUUCAUGGCCACUCUCUGAGUGAAUCUGACAUUAAAGAGAGACGAUUCAAGAUCGGCCUGCAGGACGGACGAGUGGAGGUCAGGAUUCCUUCAGGAGCCCGUGGUGGACACAUAAAGAGUGCUGUUAUCAGGGGACAGUACAGCCAGACCAUGUCUGUGGAUCUGUUCUUCAUGAGUCAGUGGGAAGACGAGCGCUGGCCUCUCACACAGCAUCGCUCCUUCAGGCUCCUUAAGACUCCUGUCGUCCCUCAAACCCCUGUCUUGACCAACAAGACAGUCCCAUCUGAGGGAUUAUUUUCCGUCACCUUAGGCCCCUUUGCAUCUGAUGUCUCCCUCCAGAAGGUGACAGUAGAAAGUGGUGGUGACCUUUUGACCUGGACCCAAAGCCACCAAACACAGGGGGACACGGACCUCGUGGUGUCCCGGCUCUCCCACACUAACGGGAGCUACUCCUACCACCUCAGUUUCCCAGUGUCACACCCUAAAAUAAUCCCUGAGUAUAUAGGCGCUGGCUAUAAGAUGUACAUCCUCACUUUCACCUUUACUCUUAACAUCUUGCCCAGUGGAGAGGUGUUUUACCAUCUAGCCACCGUAGAGCAUCGUGUUGAGUACACAGCUCCAGGUUCCCCCAGACUGGAGGGGAAGUGCACAGAGAGCAGCCUGCUAGUGCUGCUGCACCAUGGGGCCCAGGCCGAGCUGCAGUGGGAGCUCUUCCUCGGAGCCCGCAGGCUGGACUGGGACGUGGUGGAGAUGGGUGGGUUUGUGGUGGAGGCACAGGAGGACUACUUAACUGUGGAGAUCCCUCUCUACAGCCCGGGGAUGACCUAUGAGAAGCUGACACUGCAGGGUUUGGUUGCUGGAGUGGAAAUGUCUGUUGUGGAUGCAGAGUCUUUGAAAGUACAGGACAGCCUUGUCCAUAAAUGCACCUUUCCUGCUAGAGAGCUGUUAGUGUGUUUGCCAGAAGGGAGGAUGGUGGCAGUGGUCGACACCACCCACACCAUCCCGCCCACUCACCCCAACCGAACCACUCUGUUGGACCCUAGCUGCGUUCCCAUGGAGACGGACAGUUCCAGAGCUCUGUUCAGCUUCAGCCUCGACUCCUGUGGGACACUUGUCACUACUGAGGGAAAUUUCCUGGUUUAUGAAAAUCAGAUCAGCUACAAUCAAGAUUUUCUGCCUUUGGAUGAACCUGUUAUACACAGAGAUUCUCCAUACAGACUGACAGUCCAGUGUCGUUACCCUGCAAACGAUAGCAAUACUCUUACUAUCCAACGUCCUGUGUCCUCAUCUCUGGACUUUUCACCCUUGAAGCCAGUCAAUCACACACGCAGGGAAACUGCAAACACAGGGUGGAUCACAUGGACGUGUGUCUCCAUCCUGCUGCUGCUCAUGCUCUGCACAUUUGUCUCUGCAUACUGGACCUGUAAAUGAAAUAAAUGAGCA